CUUAGGGGGAAGGUGGUUGGCGGUUCGUCUGCGGCAGUCGCCGCCAACGUUGCCGCUUCUGCUGCCGCGGGUUUUCGGCGGCUCCCGGGAUGAAGCCGUGAGGGGAAACCACAGGGAGGGGGCCGCGGAGAUGUUUGGCCGCUCGCGGAGCUGGGUGGGUGGGGGACAUGGGAAGUCCUCCCGCAGCAUCCACUCCUUGGACCACCUGAAAUAUUUGUAUCAUGUUUUGACCAAAAACACCACAGUAACUGAACAAAAUCGGAACUUACUAGUGGAAACUAUACGUUCCAUCACGGAGAUUCUUAUUUGGGGGGAUCAGAAUGACAGCUCCGUAUUUGACUUUUUCCUGGAGAAGAAUAUGUUUGUUUUCUUCUUGAACAUCCUACGUCAGAAAUCUGGUCGUUAUGUCUGUGUUCAGUUGCUACAAACCUUGAACAUCCUUUUUGAGAAUAUUAGUCAUGAGACCUCACUUUAUUAUUUGCUGUCUAAUAACUAUGUAAAUUCUAUCAUUGUCCAUAAAUUUGACUUUUCUGAUGAGGAGAUUAUGGCAUAUUAUAUAUCAUUCUUAAAAACACUUUCAUUAAAACUCAACAAUCACACCGUUCAUUUCUUUUAUAAUGAGCACACAAAUGACUUUGCCCUGUACACAGAAGCCAUCAAAUUUUUUAAUCACCCUGAAAGUAUGGUCAGGAUUGCUGUAAGAACCAUAACUUUAAAUGUUUAUAAAGGUGAGUUGUCAUUGGAUAACCAGGCCAUGCUGCAUUACAUCAGAGAUAAAACUGCAGUUCCUUACUUCUCCAAUUUGGUCUGGUUCAUUGGGAGUCAUGUGAUUGAAUUGGAUAACUGUGUCCAGACUGAUGAAGAACAUCGAAAUAGAGGAAAACUGAGUGAUUUGGUAGCAGAACAUCUUGACCAUCUACAUUACCUCAAUGACAUUCUUAUCAUCAAUUGUGAAUUUUUAAAUGAUGUACUUACAGAUCACUUACUCAAUAGGCUUUUUCUGCCUCUUUAUGUAUAUUCACUGGUAAAUCAAGACAAGGGAGGAGAACGUCCAAAAAUAAGCCUUCCAGUUUCCCUUUAUCUUCUGUCACAGGUUUUCCUAAUUAUACACUACGCACCACUGGUGAACUCAUUAGCUGAGGUCAUUUUGAAUGGGGAUCUGUCCGUAUUGUGUUGUAGGACUGAACAAGAUGUUCAGAGAUGUUCUAUAAAGUCCAGCAUUAGGUGUUUCAUUAAACCAACUGAAUCACUGGAAAGAUCUCUUGAAAUAAAUAAGCAGAAGGGAAAGAAAAGAUUGCAAAAGAGACCCAACUAUAAAAAUGUUGGCGAGGAAGAAGAAGAGGAAAAAGGCCCUGAAGAAACCCAGGAAGAUGCUGAUAAGACCAAAGGUAUAGAAGGUACUUCAAAAGGCAUCAAGUCAGGUGGGGAUAGUGAAGAAAUAGAGAUGGUAAUCAUGGAGCGAAGCAAACUAACCGAAUUAGCCAUUUCUGUAGUGACAGAACAGAAUACAACGGAUGAAGAGAAGAGUGCUGCUGCCUCUGGGAGUGAGACCACACAGUGGAACAGGCCUUUCCUUGAUAUGGUAUAUAAUGCAUUGGACAAUCCUGAAGAUGAUUAUCAUGCCCUUUUUGUGCUCUGUCUUCUAUAUGCCAUGUCUCAUAAUAAAGGAAUUGAUCCUGAAAAAUUAGAUAGAAUUCAGCUUCCAGUGCAGACUGAAGUUGAGAAGAUCUCGUAUAACCACCUACUUGCUGAAAGACUCAUCAGGAUAAUGAACUAUGCUGCUCAGCUUGAUGGAAAAAUCAGACUGGCCACUUUGGAACUUAGCUGCUUGUUACUAAAGCAGCAAGUCAUGACAAACAGUGGCAGCAUUAUAAAGGAUGUUCACCUUGCCUGCCUUGAGGGUGCAAGAGAGGAAAGUGUUCAUCUUGUGAGGCAUUUUUAUAAGGGAGAAGAAAUUUUUCUGGAUAUGUUUGAAGACGAAUAUAGGAGCAUGACAAUUAAGCCUAUGAAUGUGGAAUAUUUAAUGAUGGAUGCCUCUAUCUUGCUACCUCCAACUGGAACACCUCUAACUGGGAUUGACUUUGUAAAGCGAUUACCAUGUGGUGAUGUAGAAAGAACCCGUAGAGCAAUUCGAGUUUUCUUCAUGUACCGCUCACUGUCACUACAACUUCGAGAUGAACCAGAGACUCAGUUACCACUGACAAGAGAAGAAGACCUGAUAAAAACAGAUGAUGUCCUGGAUCUGAAUAACAGCGAUUUAAUUGCUUGUACAGUGAUUACAAAAGAUGGAGGUCUCGUUCAGCGCUUUCUAGCUGUGGAUAUUUACCAAAUGAGUUUGGUGGAGCCAGAUGUUGCCAGACUAGGGUGGGGCGUAGUUAAGUUUGCAGGUCUCUUGCAGGAUAUGCAGGUAACUGGAGUAGAAGAAGAUAGUAGAGCUCUGAACAUUAUCAUUCACAAACCUGCUUCCAGCCCUCACUCUAAACCUUUCCCCAUUCUCCAAGCUACAUUUGUAUUUUCUGAUCAUAUCCGCUGUAUUAUUGCAAAACAACGCUUAGCAAAAGGUCGUAUCCAGGCCCGGCGUAUGAAGAUGCAGCGUAUUGCUGCACUCCUGGACCUUCCAAUCCAGCCUUCAACAGAAGUCAUGGGGUUUACACUCACUACUUCAGCUUCAAACCAGCACCUGCCUUUCCGAUUCUAUGAACAAUCUCGCCGUGGCAGCAGUGAUCCAACUGUGCAGCGUUCUGUUUUUGCAUCUGUUGACAAGGUACCAGGUUUUGCUGUGGCCCAGUGUAUAAACCAGCAUGGUUCGUCACCCCUGUCAUCACCAUCUCCUCCUUCCAGUGGCAGUUCCAGUGGUAGUGGGAGUACGGGGCGCUGUGACUCGGUUGCACCCAGCUCCACUUCCACUCCUUCUGCAGCACAAAGCCCAUCAGAUAUUCCUAUACCUCCUGAGCAGCUCCAGCUGAUCUUUCCUGACCAAGUGGUGAUUGUUAAUGAAAUCCCUACAACUUCCAAGCCCAGCAAGAGCCUUGGAAAGAGUUCAGAAGUGGAAACUGCUAACCUGUCCCCCAGCCUGAUUCCUGCCCAGCAGCCCACCAUCUCUCUCAUUUCUGAUGACACUACAGAUGCACUGAGUGUGGAAUCUUUGACCCUGGUUCCUCCAGUUGACCCACACAGCCUCCGCUCUUUUACCUACACCCCUCAGGCUUCCACACAGACGGAAACUUAUAAAGUGACAGAGGGCGAGAUUGCCCCUCCUGAGCCAGCAGACCAUUCUGAACAGUGACGCAGCUGAUUUUGCUCCGUUUUCAUUCGUGGUCCCUCAAAAAGCUAUAGGGACUAAAUGGUAGCUACGUGAAGGAUACUUGUGAAACAGCAAGAAUUUUAAGAAAGGGUAGUAGCCUAUCCUAUCAAGUAUUGUUUCUGUCUCUUAAAAUGAAAGAAACCUAGUUCUCUAUUCAAAUUUGCAUCUCUCAUGCUGUACAUAAGGAACAACUGGGCAUAAAGGAAAUUGAUGUAGACAGAGUUUCACACCAGACUACCAUAAUUAUACCUUCGUGAUGCUGCUCCAUGUUUGCAGCCAACUGAAGAAACUUCUGUGUGACAUUCUUGUUAUUCUUUUUGUUAGACUUCAGACCCAUAACACUUGUCCAGAAAGAGGCAAAAGACAGAUACAAAAAAGGCUUUCGUAGUUAUGUCGAACCCACCACCAGAAAACUGUUUGCAUUCAGCUGAAGUUCUCUUUUCAUUUUGUUAAUUUUGGGUUGACCCACCAGAUUUAUCUAACAGCAGCAGAUGAGGUCAUUUCAAAAGAUAUUCAAAACAAGAUGAACUGUAGUAAUGUCUCAUUGGUGUCAUAUUUAUUUCAGCAUUUGAUAUGACUAGAAACGUUUAUUUAAAAAAAAAAAAAAGAAAAGAAAAACCACCACCACCACCUCAUUCCUGAAGUUUCUUGUAAUGCUAACAGUAUAAUGUAUAAUUUUUUUCCUUGAAAUUACCUAUCUUUCCAGAGCUAUCUAUGAAGAAGGUAUGGUAUGCUUCUCUGUCUUAAGUGAUAUUAUGUCUUCAUUACUCACCAACCCAGUUCUGCAUGCCUGUUGAAUGAAAAA